AUGAAGGUUCUAGAAACAAUAGGGAUAUUUAAAAGAUACCAAUCAACAUGUGCGCUGAAGUUCCCGUUGAACGAAGAAUACUUUAGCAAAGCCAAGAUAAAGCACCUUCAUUUCAAAGGCUUAACACCGUACAGUAAAGCAUCAGAAAUCCAGGCCAAAAUUGUCCAGAGACAUACCGAAUACAAGAUCCGUCACAAGAAUCCCCGGGUGAUUGCCCCAAUAUACCCUACAAUUAUGACUUUUGAAUUCGAAUCGGUGUAUACGGGUGGGAAAAGGGAGCGGAAUGCCAAAUUGGCAACCCCUGUGCCUUCUAAUUUAGGUGUACCCUAUGUACAAACAGACAGAGGCGGACAAGUUACGUACCAUGGGCCUGGGCAACUGGUUGCAUAUUUUUUGUGGGACACCAAAUUGUGGAAAGGUCUCACUGCAAGAUGCUUUGUAAACUUUGUUGAGCAGUGCAGUGUUGCUACCGUUAAAAAGACAGGUGUAGAUGGAGUUUGCACCACGGAAAACACAGGCGUGUGGGUAAAGCGUCUAGGCGAUGAACAGGAGAGGAAAAUCGGUAGCAUUGGUAUGAACAUGAGGCGUGGCGUCAGUAGCCACGGAUUAAGCAUUAACCUGAGACCAAAUUUAAUGUAUUUGAACAAUCCACACUUUGUAAUGUGUGGUUUGGAUGGGUAUAAGCAGACUAGCGUUGUGAAUGAGAUUGGUGAUGUGGAUAUUGACGUUUCCGAUUUAGGCGAUUUACUGAUUCAGAGCGUUACUGAGCGUAUGGAUGUUUAUAUGGGUGCUGUUCCCGUUGAAAAGCACAUUUUCCCAUCCAUAGAUGACUUUGACCUUGAUUAUGUAACCUAUAACCAGAAUAACUAG